CCACAAAAAAUCGCUUAGUAUUUUUACUUGUGCGCAAGCAGUCGCUCAGUUUUCGUUCUAUCCUCGUCCAGCCAAUGAAACAAACCCAUUUUCCCAGUCCAACACGCAGACUUGGUUUUGAAAGUUACAUCAUUGAUCGAAAACUGAAAAUCGUGUAUACUGGAUAUAGUUUAAGCCCUGUGAGUGUUUUCAAGAACAAAGAAAACUAAGUUUUGACAUUCAAUGUCCAUGAUAUCAUCACAAAACAUAUAAUCUGAAACCCACGACUAUGCCUCCUCCGUCUUAUCGGCAGUUUGUCCGUAAAUGUUUGCUGGCUGGGACAAAAUUCAAGGGCCAAAAGAAGAAAUACGUCCUAGCAGGGGGUGCGGGUGUAGGGCUGGCGGUCUCGGCUCUGGGGAGUGUGAAUAGCGAUGACAACAUCGUGGUGGGAGCCAGGGGCGUACUUAGGUUUUCUAGAUCUAUUAGGAUAGGUUUAGCGAUAUCCUUCGACUACUAUUUUUCUAUGUUAGGCCUUACUGAAAACACACCAAAUUAUGAAACAAUGAUGAGCAGGAUUCAUCAGAGAUGUGCAGAACGAAUAAGGGAUGGCUGUUUGGAAAAUGGCGGAACUUACAUUAAGUUAGGACAAGGAUUAGUAUCUUUAAGUCAUAUUUUACCCAGAGAAUAUAUACAAACUUUAAAGAUAUUACAGGAUAAAUGUUUAGCUAGAAAUACCGAAGAACUGUAUCAAGUAUUUAGAGAGGAUUUUGGUAAAACUCCUGAAGAACUGUUUCAGGAUUUUGACCCUAAUCCAAUAGCAGCCGCUAGCAUAGCACAAGUAUUUAAAGCUACAACCAAAGAGGGCGAACCAGUUGCUGUCAAAGUCCAAUACAACGAUCUACGAAAAAGACUGUCCAGUGACGUAAUGACGAUAAACAUCCUACUGACAGUAGGAGCCUGGCUCCAUCCAAAGGUCGAUUUUUCCUGGAUCCUGAACGAUUUCGUGGACGCCCUGAAACAGGAACUGGAUUUUGUCAACGAGGGAAGAAAUGGAGAGAGAUGUUCUCGCGAUUUAGGGCAUCUGAAAUACAUUGAAGUGCCAAAGAUUUUCUGGAAGUACACAAACACGAGAGUAUUAGUGACGGAAUUUACCGAAGGAAUUAAAAUAAGCGACACAGCUAAACUGAAAGAAAAUUGUUUUUCAUUGGCUGAAAUAAACAAUAUGCUGUUUGAAGCUUUUGGAUAUCAGAUAUUCCAUACUGGAUUUGUACAUGCGGAUCCACAUCCCGGAAAUGUUAUGGUAAAAAGAGUAAAUGGCAAAACCAAACUAGUCAUCUUAGACCACGGUCUAUACCAAACAAUUUCUGAUAAAAUCAGGUUAAACCUGAGCUUUAUGUGGAGAGCUAUCGUUCUAAAGAAUCAUGGUGAUAUGAAGAAGUAUUCAGAACUUUUGGGAGUCGACGAUUACACCAUGCUUGCUGAAAUUCUAACACAAACUCCCCUAAGAACCACCGGUUUUACACUGAAAGCAAAACUGACAGAGGCCGAAGAAAAACGUAUGAAGCAAGUGGCAGGAGAAAGAUUUGAUCAAAUCGUAUUGUGUUUAAGACAAAUGCCAAGGACUUUACUUCUAGUUGUUCGAAAUUUGAAUACAAUAAGAGCAAUCUCGUACGACCAUGGAUGUCCUAUAGAUCGUUUUACUGUACUGGCGCGAAUGGCAACUAAAGCAGCUUUUAACAGCGAAACCAGGAGUAGAUUUAGAAGACUGAAGGCCGUUCCGUCGAAGUUUUGGUUUGAAUUUAUGUUACUAAUGAACAAAAUAUUAAACUUUUGGAGGUUACUGAUACUGGACACAUUGUACAAACUUGGUUUGACACAAAACAUCAGGGCUAUCAUGGAAGAAACAAGUAAAAACUUGUAAGAAAAAAAGAUAUAUUUUUUAUAAAAAUGUGCUUGCUCAAUUAAUUGGGUGAGGAGUGAUUGUAAAUGCCAAAAAUGAUCAUGUAAAUACUGAAAUAUAAAAAUAUCGUGGAUUUAAAUUUGAUUUAUUUACCUGCAAUAAAUACAAUUCCUAACAAUCUGUAUUAAGUUAAAUUCCAUACUCUAUUUCGACCGUUUAAGGUGCCCACUCUCCUGGUUCUUCUCCGUUAUUUUUUACCGACGGUUAAAAACGUUUGAGUAAAAAUGGCACAAACAGGAAGUGUAUGGGUAAAAUCGC